CUCUCCUCUCUUCUCCAGAUUCUAUCGUCUCUCUCUCUCCCUGCGAAAGUUUUCCAAUUUCAAAAGAAAGGGUUAAACGAGAAGGGAAAAAGGGGGAAGGAGAAAACCACAAUUUCAGCAACAACGUUCCCAGACCCAGAAUCUACUCUCUCUCUCUGGAUUUUCUCCAUCGCCUCCUCAAGAAUUGAAUUUCGCGUUACGUAGGAUUUGAUUGAUCCACCGCGCGGUGUGCCCCCCUCUCUCUCUUGAUUUUUGGGUUCUUUUUUAAUCUUUUUUUCUUUUUUCGUCUUCUCGCCAUUGAAUGCCUCGAUCUCUUGCUCUCUGCACAUUUGGCCUAUUGCCCCGCUCGUCAUCUUCUUCUUCAUCGUCGUCGUCCUCCUCCUCUUCUCUCGUUCGGCGACCUCUCUGACAUUCCCUUUCCGGUUCUUUUGGUUCUUUCCUUGGAAUAAGAUUCGAGGCAUUUACGAAGUUUUAUGCCCCCAUUUCGCGGUUCUCGCUUAGGGUUUCGAUCGUCCGGCCUCCAAUCCGACACCCACGAUUCCUUCCACUUGUUUCGUUGUCUCUUAGGUCUCACACUCGUUUUGCUCCUCUAGGGUUUCCUCGCUGGCUUCUUGCGCGGAUUGGGAAGAGGAAGAAGGGAUUGUGUAGCCCCUUUGUAUGCUUUUUUUCUUUUGAUUUUCGGUCCCUUUUCUCUGAUUCAUUUGGGUUGUUGUCUGUUGGCGAUCUUUCUUUGGGAGUGUGGGUGCUGAUAAAUUUGCGACUUUGACUGCGAAAGUUUGUUGUUGGUUGCCAUCUGGAUUCUGAUGUUACGGGGAUUUUUCUUUCGGGAUAGCAGAAUUUCCUGCUGCUGAUACUUCUGGGGAAAAUUGCUUCUCUUCGGUUCUCUAUUAAACACGUUGAGAAUAGUGCUUGUUUCUGCUUCUUUUCCCGUUUUCCGGGUAAUUUCUUCUCUGUGAGGAAGCAUUGUGACAGUUUAGUUUGGCGUAAGAGGGAAGUCUUUGGGCGUGUAUGGGCAAGCAUGAGGAGUGGGCACAGCCACCAAAUGGGCUAUUGCCCAAUGGAUUGUUGCCUGGUGAAGCGGCAUCCGUGAUACAGGUGCUCGACUCGGACCGGUGGUUGAAGGCUGAAGACCGAACUGCAGAGCUCAUCGCGUGCAUUCAGCCCAACCCACCCUCCGAGGAGCGCAGAAAUGCUGUAGCCACAUACGUGAGACGUCUCAUCACAAAUUGCUUUCCUUGUAAGGUUUUCACUUUUGGCUCUGUGCCACUGAAGACUUAUUUGCCUGAUGGAGACAUUGAUUUAUCCGCAUUUAGCAGUAGUCAGGACUUAAAGGAUACAUGGGCUCAUCAGGUUCGUGACAUGUUGGAGAGCGAGGAAAAAAAUGAAGAAGCCGAGUUUCGUGUUAAGGAGGUUCAGUACAUCCAGGCAGAAGUGAAGAUAAUAAAGUGUCUUGUAGAGAAUAUUGUGGUAGACAUAUCAUUUAACCAGCUUGGUGGGCUAUGUACCCUUUGUUUUCUUGAAGAGGUUGAUAAUUUGAUAAACCAAAGUCACUUGUUCAAACGUAGCAUUAUCUUGAUAAAGGCUUGGUGCUACUAUGAGAGCCGUAUACUUGGUGCUCACCAUGGACUUAUUUCGACUUAUGCUCUGGAGACCUUGGUUCUUUACAUAUUUCAUGUUUUCAACAAUAACUUCGCCGGACCUCUUGAGGUGCUUUAUCGUUUUCUUGAGUUCUUUAGCAAGUUUGAUUGGGACAAUUUUUGUGUAAGCUUGUGGGGUCCUGUACAUAUUAGUUCACUUCCAGAUGUAACAGCUGAACCGCCAAGGAAGGACGGUGGAGAUUUAUUACUGAGCAAAGUGUUUCUUGACGCUUGUAACCACGUCUAUAGUGUUUGCCCCAUUGGUCAAGAAAAUCAGGGUCAACCUUUCAUUUCUAAACAUUUUAAUGUUAUUGAUCCCUUGCGGGUGAACAACAACCUUGGGCGCAGUGUUAGCAGAGGUAAUUUCUUUAGAAUACGCAGUGCAUUUGCAUUUGGAGCUAAGAAGCUUGCAAGACUGCUUGAUUGCCGUAAAGAAGACAUACUCUUUGAAAUAAACGAGUUUUUUAUGAACACUUGGGAGAGACAUGGUAGUGGCCAUCGUCCUGAUGCACCAAGGAAUGACUUGCGGCGGUUAAGAUUGUCAAAUGCUGAAAGCUUACACCGGUCCAAAAAUCUGCGAAGCAAUUUAACUGGCAAAAAGACUGAGAAUAUCUCAGUUCAUGAAAGUCAGUUUGAAAGUACUCAUGGUCCUCGUAGUGUCUCUUCUCAACAUUUAAAUCAUAUCUCGGAGAGUGCGUCUAGAAGAAGUGACGCUUCAACCAUAUCUCGUACGCAAAGUCAGAAGGAUUAUGUAAACAUGGACAGCUUAAGGGUAGCAGAUAGUAACAGACGGGAAACAAAUUCAAAGCUAGCUACAAGCAUUGAUAAGGAUCAGAGAAGUUCUAGAGCAGAUGGCUUGGUGAAUGAUACUCAAGGAAGAUACCUUUUUGCGCGAACACAUUCUAGUCCUGAACUGACUGACUCAUACAGUGAAGGCUCUUCCCAAGGAAGGUUUGAUAGAGGGCCUGACGAUGGAAAAAACCAGACUACGUCUGCAGGGUUGGAUCCUAGCAGGAGGAAGAUUUUGGAAACCGAUGGUACAAGCCUAGACAUUUCGUCUUCAGCUGAUGAUUCAGCAUUCGUCGGGCAAUCCUCAGUUCUGCGAGACAUGAAUACUGACUCAGACAGUGUAAAUAGUUACCAUGAUGACGGUUUUCGGUUAGGUGUCAGGGGCGAAAGUUUUACUUCUGUCUCAGGAUCACAAGGAUUGCAUCAAGAAGAACAAGAUCUUGUUAACAUGAUGUCAUCUUCUCAAGCACAUGCUUAUAAUGGACAGGUUCACAUGUCUUUAAAUUUUUCAGGUCACUUGCCACUGACUGUAAUUCAAAUGGGGCAUGCGCAGAGAAAUAUCCGUGGGAUGAUUCCUUCAAAUAUUCCAUUUGAGAGUCCCUGGUUAACAAAAAUGCCAUUUCCUCAUGGAUUGGUCCCUCCUUCGUUUGCUCACUAUUUCCCUGAUAUCAGCUUGGGCAUAAAUCCGGAAGAUGCCAUUGAACCUAAUGAACAUAAUAUCAGUUCCAAAGAUGCAAAUCUUGGUGAAGUUAAUGGUGAAUUCUGGCACGAGCAAGAGAGGGAGCCAACUGGAGGUUUUGAUAUAGGUAAUGGAGAUGUUCAGACUCUUCAAUCAGAUGAUCAGCAACAGUCAACUUCAACGUCGUACGGCUUUGGUCCUUCAUCUAGGGAAGACAACUCUAGCACUUACUCUAGAGUACAUCAGAAGUCUGUUCGGGAAAACCGAGGGCCGUCUAGGGAAGACAAACUAAAUGCAUUUCAACAUCAAGGUGGUAGAGAAAAUGAGGUUUACAGGGAUGACAGAUCUGGAAGUUUGAGGUCCUUGCGAGCUACUCUGGGUAGUUCUAGAAGUAAGACUUCCUCGGAGAGCUCUUGGGACGGAAUUUCAACGAAGUCAUCGAAGUCAACAAGAGAUAAAAGAGGUAGGAAAACUGGUCCUAGUGCCCUUCCAUCUAGUACUAAUGGGAAAGGGAAAAGCUUUUCAGAUCAUUCCUCUGCUCAGGCAGAUGAUGAUUCUAUGGACUUGAACCUUCCUUCGAGUAUUGGACAGGAAUUAACAGAAAGAAGCGCAGGACCUCAACCUGUCGGUUUGGGGCAUGUUCCGACACAUCAGUUGCCUGGGUUUGAGCCGGCUCAAACUGGUGGAACAGAUUCCAUGAUACCAUUUCUCUUGGGCCCGGGUUCUCGCGAAAGGCCUGUGGACAAUUCUCAGGUUUAUGCAUUUUACCCUACGGGGCCCCCAGUUCCAUUUCUUUUUUUUUCUCACAUGCCAAGCGAUGGUGGCAGUUCAGAUGCAUCAACGAGCCAUUUUAGUGUGGAAGAAGUCCUAGAUAAUAACGAUGCUGGCCAGAAUUUUGAUUCAUCCGAGGGGCUGGAUCAUCCAGAAGCAUUGGAUACUUCUGUUGCUGUUGGACCAUCGGUCCCUGUUGAGCCAUCUGAGCACAAGUCUGACAUACUUAACAGUGACUUUGCUAGCCAUUGGCAAAAUCUGCAGUAUGGACGAUUUUGUCAGACCUCUCGCUACCCUACUCCUAUGCUCUAUCCGCCACCCAAUGUCUUAUCCCCUAUCUAUUUGCCAGGCCGUUUUCCAUGGGAUGGAGCUGGAAGACCGCUCUCAGCAAAUUCUAAUGCUUUUAGUUAUGGGCCUCAUCUCGUUCCAGUUUCCCCAGUUCAAUCUAUUUCUAAUGGACCUGCCAGCGUUUACCAUGUUGACGAAAUGCCAAGAUAUCGUAGUGGGACAGGGACUUACCUGCCAAAUCCUAAGGUAUCAGCGAGGGAGCGGCACUCGUCCAACCCAAGAAGGGGGAAUUACAGCUAUGACAGAGGGGAUCACCAUGCUGAUAGAGAAGUGAACUGGAAUGGUGCUUCUAAAUCCAGACCUUCACGCAACCAUAAUCGCAAUCAGUCUGAGAAAUCUACCUCAAGGCCAGAUAGAGUGGCAGCAGGUGACGGCCAGUCUGAAAGACCGUGGGGAUCAUAUAGACAUGGAUCAUUUCCUUCGUACCAUUCUCAGAAUAGUCCCAUCCGCACAGCUACAACGCAAGGUGGUCCGGCCAAUGUAGCCUAUGGCAUGUAUCCUCUUCCAGCCAUGAAUCCAAGCAUUGUAUCGUCAAAUGGACCGACACUUCCACCAGUUGUAAUGUUUUACCCUUACGAUCAUAAUGCUGCAUACGCUUCGUCAUCAGAGCAGCUUGAGUUUGGGUCUAUUGGAACAGUGGGUUUCUCAGGCAUGAAUGAUGCGUCUCAACUGAAUGAAGGGAGCAGUAUAAUGGAGGAACAAAGAUGUCAUGGAGCUCCUGCUUCACGAUCUUCACCAGAUCAGCCGUCUUCACCCCACCUCCGGAGGUGAUCAAUUGGAACAGGCACUGUGUUUCAAGAUAUUGAAAUUGAGGAACUGCAGCUGGGAUUUUACUCGACAGUCCAGCUCUUGUCAGUAUCCUUGCUUGCAUAGAGACCAUUCAUCUUGCUUGCUUGACUAUUAAAGCAAUGGUGGCGAGAAAUCUCCCUUUUUGCAGAGGUUGGACCACCACUCUUCAACACCUCUUUUAACUGUUCCAUGAUGCCAUCAUCUGUGUCAUCUCCACAGCAAGCCCUGGUUAAUUUGCUCGAUCCAAAGUUGAGCGAAAAUGGUCUCUUAGUCGCUGCAUUUUUCGUACGAAGGUAGGUCUGAACAGAGAAAAUGCAGUGAGAAAUUUCACCUAAUGAAGUUUCAUCCUCCCCCUUUGUCGUGACUGAUCGGUAUCUGCCUCUUUGGCGAUGACCGUGCAAAAGAAAACCAAGGAGGUGGGGGAAGAAAUCGGAUUCCACACCGCAUCUGUUUCAAGGACAUUGCGGAGGGGUGGUAGGGGAGAGACUGCUGUCAAGGAGUAGAUUUCCAGCUUAGGUUCACACAUUUUACAGCUUAGUCGACUAGCAUCAUAAAAUUUGUUUGGAAAGAGUACUUUGGCUGUUACAGGAAUGUACAAGUUUCUUAAUCAGUAGGCAAAGGACUUAGGUUUUUCUCGCAGAAGUCUUGUUUGACAUGUUUGACACGGUAUCAUUUACACCAAUCCUGAAGGUGAAGUUACACAAGAUUUCUUCCA